ACCGAUAACCGACACAGCCCGAAUACUGUUCGCUGGACUGGCUGAAUUGAAAAGACGAAGGCGCCUUGUAUUUUUUAGGUUAAUCUCCUGAUUUGAAUGGAGAAACGAGAUUUUUUAUUUCGGAAAAUUCACCUAUAUAUGUGAAUUUGCUUACAAACCUUUGGCUGUGAAUCACAUGAAUGAGAUCAGAAUGAAGAAUUCUUGUGACCUCAGGUGAACUCCAUCUUAUUUUGUGUAUGACCUGCCCUGAAGACAACAAUCAUGAGCAAAGCAAAGGUUGAGAAGACGGUUUAUACUGUUCCAGGAUCCAGGAUGGCUACGAUGUUGUACUCCUUGGAUAAGCUGAACAGUACGAGCUCAGAGGAUGUGGAUCAGUUACGAUACAUCACAGCAAAGAUACAGCACUGUCUCAAAGAUCAUGAGAAGGUCAGAAAAGAGGUCAUGUCCAAAACAACCAAUGGCUUGGAGGUACUCUUCUCAACUUUGGAGAGUUCAAAAGACAGUCAGGUGUCUCUGAACGUAACAUACAGUCUUCUAGAACUCCUGCAAUCUAUCAAGAGAGCCCAGAGUAUGGUGGCAAGAGGAGCUACGCAGGUUCUUCUGACUGCUCUUAGUACAGCUUCCAAGCAACAACCCACCUGUGAGGAACUCAUCGUUGGCCUCCAUCAAGUCAUGGCUAAAGUUGGUCCUAAAGAUCGGAAAUUUGGUGUGAAGGCUCGUCUGAGCGGAGCCCUACCCAUCACAUUGGGGAUUGUGAGAGUUAACACAGGCAACCUAGACCUGGUCCAGCCAAUGGUCCAAGUCCUCAAGAUAUACUCCACGAAUUCUGUUAAUUCUUCACAUCUGGGCAAAGCGGGUGCAGUUAGCUCUCUCCUCAAGAUCAUCUCUGUUUGUGGCAAGAGGCAUCAUCCUGCGCUAAGGAGUGCUCUAGAAGCUCUCAGUCUCCUUGUGAAAUCAAAAAGCAACUCAGCUCGUGCAAUCGGUCAGGGAGGUAUGCCGAUCUUGGUACACGCAUUCAGUGAAUGGCAGAAGGCUGAUGUCAGAAACAGACAUAUCAGUAUACGUAAAGGAAUACUUAAUGUCAUCAAGAACAUCACUACGCUCAAAUCAGGGAAAAAGACGUUUUCAGAUUGUGAUGGUAUCAAGGUGCUUUUCAAUGCUGCUCUCUCCAUGGCGAGUAGCUCAAGCAAGGAUAUUGAGACCAUAGUAAAUCUAAUCUGUAUCAUCCUGCGGAAGUGUUUCCCCAAGAAUCGUCUACCAGUGCCUACUAUUAGGAGUAGUGUUCCAUUUAGUCUUCCUAUCGUUCCAGAGGGACAUACACUCUUAGAACCUACCAGUGGUGAUGAUGUCAUCGAUGAGAGCGAUGAUCAAGAUGAUGAUGUCAGUAGUGGUGAUGAGAACAAAGAUGAAGAACCACCCAAGAAUGAAGUUUUAGAAGGCGGAGAAGGAGAUAAGCAGACAUCAUCUGAGAUGCAAAAGAGAACGCCUGAAGAUCUUGCUACCUACCUCAAGUUCUUCCCUGAACUCACUGAUUUUGAAGAGCAUAUGGUGGAGCCUGAAGAAGGAGAAGUUGAAGACACACCUCAGCGUCCUGGGACCACCAUCCAUAUACCCACUGCCAAGUCGGAUCUACCCAGAGGAAACACCAGGACGGGUGCUACGCAAAACCUCAGGGAGAACCGUUUCAGUUUGCCAAACCUCUCUAAGUACAGCAACCUUGUCACAAACUAUCACUCUGGUGACGAUACAAAUGUUGAUAUGACAAAGCAUCAAUCCAGACAGGCCGCUGGCAAGGCCAACUCCAAUGCUUGGUUUUCUCAAGACAAUGAAGACACCGCCACCUUUGCAGGACACUUUAACCUAGGAGGUUCAGCCAUGAAUACGGAGUUAACCCCAGAUUCAGUGCCUUCAUCAUUCAGAACUAGUGCCCCUAGGGUUUCUGCUAAACAAUCACAGUCUUUCCAUAACUUGAGGCGUAGCCACUCGCCGACCAAAGGAACAAAACAUGGCAACGGCUUCAAGUACACCAGUCCCGAGCGCCAUAUUAACGCCCACGGUUUGUGGGGCAUUGGGGACGAGCACCCCACGGAGAGUAUUGACUUUGUGAGGUCUUCUAUGACAAUCUCAAGGAUGACCCUACGCAGCCCAACCGAUGGCCCGAGUUCGAACAGUGAGAUCUUGAUGACGGAGGAGGUCAGUUUGGAUGAAGUUAAACCUGAUAUGUAUGGGGACACGUUGGCAAAGACAAAGCGGGUACUUCCUUUCCGAAGGAUAGCCCAUCCUGAAAUACACGGGCAUUCUAGUGGAGAUUUGUUGGAAGAGUUCUAUGACAAACCAGCAAGUGUACAAAGGUGUCUUGUCUUUGAAGACAUUGAUAGAAUGAUCCACCCACAUAAAGUAAUGGAGAAGACUGUCUUUGAUCUAGAUGAAAUUAUGAAGAAUGGGGCCACACGUUUCACCCCAGGGAACAAUGUAGCACACAACUCUAGAUCUGGUUCAGAUGGAGAGACACCUUGUUUAGCAUUCAAUUCCUUGUUUGAGUGUGGCAAUCUUAGAAGAGCUAUUCAGGUCAGGAAGCAUGAGUAUGAUCUAAUAUUGAGAUCUGAUAUCAACAGUAAUCAUCAUCACCAAUGGUUUUACUUUGAGAUAUCAGGCAUGCAGACGGGUGUACGGUAUCGGUUCAAUGUCAUCAACUGUGAGAAGGUCAAUAGUCAGUUCAACUAUGGCAUGCAGCCAGUGAUGUACUCUGUCCAUGAGGCCAUGGAAGGCACCCCACACUGGGCGAGGGUGGGGUCAGAGGUCGCCUACUACAAGAACAACUACAGCCGUAGCGCCGCAGCCACCGGAGGUCCCAAGGGCAAGACCUACUUCACCUUUGCCUUCACUUUGACCUUCAAGCAUGAGAAGGACAUCUGCUAUCUGGCCUACCAUUAUCCCUACAGCUACACCACCUUACAAGUUCACCUGAGUAAGCUACAAGCUAGUCUAGGAGAGUUUAGUGAUAUCUACUUCAGGAAGCAGAGUCUAUGCCUGAGUCUUGGAGGCAACGAAUGUCCAGUGCUCACCAUCACAGCCAAUCCUACAACUCUAGACAAGGAGGGUGUCAUGCAAUUCAGGUGUCGUAGGUACCUCUUCCUCUCUGCUCGUGUCCAUCCUGGAGAGAGUAACAGUUCUUUCAUCAUGAAGGGUGUUCUAAAGUUCCUGAUGAGUACUCACCCGACAGCUCAAGCUCUGAGGGAGAUCUUUAUCUUCAAGAUAGUACCUAUGCUCAACCCAGAUGGAGUCAUCAAUGGAAGCCACCGUUGUUCUCUGAGCGGAGAGGAUCUGAACAGACGUUGGUUACUACCAAUCAAAGAGCUUCAUCCAACCAUCUACCAUACCAAAGGAUUACUACAGUAUCUUCAUCUUAUUGAGAGGAGUCCUCUGGUGUACUGUGAUUUCCAUGGGCAUUCAAGGAAGAAGAAUGUGUUCAUGUAUGGUAACAGUGCUGCCAUGUCAUACAGUCCUGAUGAUCUCAAUAAGUUUGGUAUCCCAUCUGGGGUAUCUGGUGCUAAGGUGGAAGACACCAGCUACAAGACCCUACCUCGUAUCCUGAGCAGCCUAGCCCCUGCAUUCUCUCACAGUAACUGUAGCUUUGCCGUUGAUAAGGGUAAAGAAUCUGCCGCCCGGGUGGUGGUAUGGAGAGAGAUGGGCGUGGCCAGGAGUUACACCAUGGAAAGUACAUACUGUGGCUUUGAUCAGGGCAAAUAUAAGGGUCUUCAAGUAUCAACAGCCAUGCUUGAGGAGAUGGGUCAGCACUUCUGUGAAGGUCUGUACAAGCUAGCCCGUAGGUUUGAGGCGACGGGGACGGCUCACAGACACCUCUACAACCAUACCUCCAAUGUGACGGACCCAAGCAGCUCGGGGGUGACCAGUACCUACCCUUCUGCUCAGCCUAUGGAUGAUGAUGAUGAGGAGGAGUUGGUAGAUGGAGAUGAAUUCUUAGAUGAGGUGGAGAAAGCCCCGCCGUGCGAGAGGAAGCGAAGUCAUCUGAUGACGGACCUAAAGGAGGAGCUGACACCAAGCGAGAACGAUGAGGACGAGGAGGAGGAUGAAGUGGAGGAGGAAGAAGAGAUAGGAGAUGUCGUGUUCGUCUACGGGCUGGACGAUGAUAGCAUUCCAAAGAUAGAUCGAAACUUGGUUGAGGAGAUGAAGAAGAGGGAGGAGCAGGAAGGUUACGGAUACCCAAAGGAUGACGUCAUGGGCGGCCCGUUAUGAUGGGUGUAGUGGAUCGCCAUGGUAACACGUCAUCAUCAUCAUCUGCCAAAGGUAUAAUACUGUUCCACCAUUGGGAUAAAGGAAGAGAAUCAAUGUCUCAAGCAAAGGGAUGAUAAUUAAGAUCAAUUAUCUGUAGAAGGGCUUUGAAGUCAUGUUAGACGAUCACGAGGGUGAUACAGUAGGGAUGCCAACUGUCCCUUCUUGGUAGGAUUUGCAUACCAUUUUUGCCAAAAAAAUAUGUCACAAAUACUACAGUUACAUUGAAUAUUCAGUUUUGAUUCUUCUAUUUAAAAUUCUAUCGACAUAUCACUGUUGAAUGCAAUAAACAUUACACUGUGGAUGCAAAUAUACCCCCCCCCCGUACCCUGUUCAUGUUCCUUGAAUACAGAAAUUCUCUGUACCAGUCUUGUUAGCUUUCCAUUUCCACGUUUUAUUUCUGUUCAAUUCUGACUUACUCAAGGGUGGUGCCACAGGGUGGGGGGUAUUAACUACUCCCUUGGAAUGUCAAGUGAUAUAAAUAUAAAUGAAUAAGAAAGGAGGGGGAUACAAAGAAUAAAGAAACUUCUUGGUUGUAGAACAGCAUGAUUGAUACCCCUAUUCCUUUUACUUUUAGUCCCGCUUGCCACUGCCCCUGUUUUGUCAUGUACUCCUCUCCGCAGUAAACAUGUUUUAUUGCUUAAUGAGAAAAAUAGCCGUAGAUAGAACACCUACAACUUUUUGAGUAGUCCAUUUAUUAUGACAAAGUAUGGAAGUAUUAGCAAAAGCUCAUUAGAUUUGAUGUAUGGCUUUCUAGCGUGGGUUUCAUUAGAACAGAAAUUAUUGCAAUGAAUCCUGAUAUUUUUCUACAUGGCUUCAACAAGAAAUUGAAUUUUCAUGAAACAUAUCAUAUUUGUUGUUUAUAUGGUUUCGUUAGUGACCUAUCAGUAAAAGCAGCAACAUUUCCUGUUAUUCAUUGUUGUAGUUGCUAAAUUACUGUAAAUGUGGAUAUAUACAUACUGUAUUUGGAGAAUUUAAUUCCAAACGACUCGAACACCACUUUGAGUGAAAAUAAAUCCAUUGAUAUUAUCGAUGCAUUUUUACUCGACUACCUAUCUUUUUAGACAAAGCUAUCUACCUAUAAUUGUGAUAAAAGAUGUACCUUUUUUUAUUUUUUUUUCAUUAAAGUGACUGGUUAACAUU